AUGUUUAAAUCUCUGGACCUGUCGCUCAUCGUAGAGUUCAUGUUGAUGUUCUAUAAAGACAAACCCAUCGACUGGCUGCUGGAUCACAUCAUGUGGGUCAAAGUCUGCAAUCCAGAGAAAGACGCGAAACACUGCGACAGACAGAAAGCAAAUCUGAGGAUUCGCUUCAAACCGUCUCUGUUCCAGCACGUUGGGACGCACUCGUCUCUGGCUGGAAAAAUACAGAAACUCAAGGAUAAAGACUUUGGGAAACAAACCCUCCAUAAGGGUCACGCCAACCCGCUGGCCGAGGUGACGACCAGCCUGAAGACCUACCAGCACUUCACCCUGGAGAAGGCUUACCUGGGAGAGGACUUCUUCUGGGCCUUCACACCUGUAGCGGGAGACUUUAUACGGAUACGAUUCUUCACUCCUGUUCGCAUCGAGAGAUAUUUCUUUCGGAGCGGGAACAUCGAGCAUCCAGGAGACAAACUGUUCAACACAUCAGUGGAGGUUCUGCCGUUCGAUAACAUCCAGGCAGAGAAAGAAGCUUUGACAGAAGGAAGAGAGAAAACACCAAAGUAUCAUCGCACAGAGGACGGAUUCAUCAGGAUAGACUUUUAA